CGCAUAUCAAUAUGUCAAGCAAAACGUCAGUGUUCAAAAAUAAUGAAUUUUAAUUCAAAUGUUUAAUCCAAUCGAAUUAAAACGUUUAAUAUAAUAUAAAUAUAAGACAUCAUGUCUGAAAAGAAAUGUAUUUACAAAGCUCAUGACAGUGAAGAAGACGAUGUCUUAGCUUCACCUUGUUUUAAAAUUGGUCCAGAAGUGCAAUUGAAGGAUGUUCCCACUACUGGUGAAGAAUAUCUUCUCAGAGUUAUGAAAGAACGACAAAAUUAUUCAGCAGUAACUAAAUGUACAAAGGAUUAUUCGAAGUAUUUAAAAAAUCAGUCAUGUUUUGUUGUAGAGGUUCCGCAUGCUAAAGCCCCAGACACACUUAUACCAACUAUAGAAUGGCAAAAUAUUCAAGUGGCAGACUUUUCUGAUGUUCGAAUGUAUAUAUCUAGAUUACAAGCAAACAAAUCACUGUGGCCAAGUAGUUUAGAAAAAAUUAAGAUUAGAGAGAACACUUUAAGAGGUUGGAAAGAUUUUUUUGUUCAAAGAGAACCAACAUUGUCUUGUGUACUUGGAUUACCAUCUACUCUUUUAGAUAGAGGUCUGGAAGUGCUGACAGAAAUAUUAGCUGAAGUAAAAUAUGGAGAGUCAAUAGAUCACAAAACUGGACAAUGGAUUUAUGCAUUCUUAGCAUGUACAAGACAACCACUAUUAUCUGAUACAAUUAGUAUAUUAAGAGACUUAGCUAGAAAAUGUGCUGAAAUAAGGUCUCAUAUAAAACCCGAUGAUGAAAACUCCAAACUUUUUGCAGCACCCCUUAACAUAUUUAUAUGCAUAAUAGCUAGGUAUUUUAGACAAUAUGAUUUAGCUGAUUAAUUUUUAUGUAAAUUAGGAUUUUAUUUUAUCAAGAUAAAUUUAACAUCUGUGCAAAAAUGAAGACAAAGCUAGGGAAAAGUUGAAAAUGAAUAUUUUAAAAUAUGGACUCUACAACAUAUAUUUGAGCUUUAAAGUUUUAACUGCUAAUUAAAUAAGGUUGUACUUGAACUUUUGGGGCUUAUAUAUAUGUAUGUUUCAUUAUAUCAUUGUGAAUAUUUUUAAUUUAUGAUCUAGCUUAUGAGAACAUAAACUUAUAAGAUUGUUUAAGACUGUGUUUCCCAAACUAUGAGGUUGCCAGCAAACAGUGAAUGGGUUCUAAUAGGUGAUUUGCCACUGACAUUUUUUUUGUUACUAUUAUAUACAAAUAACAGCAUUAAAAAUCUCCAAAACUUAAUAGAAUCACUAAUCAGUCUAUGCUGUUACAUGCACACAUGAAAGUCUAAGCUAACAGUAUGCAAAUCAAUGACCGGAGUCCAUGUUUCAAGAACAACUGAUAUUUAUGCCCUCUUUUUCUCUAAGACAGCUAACAGUU